GGCGCUGGUGAGAAAAUGAAAUCGGUGAUAUUGUAUCCAUAUGGACCGCUAACGGGGACAGGAUGUUGUCGCAUGCUACAUGCGAAAAAUUUGGCGUUAACAAGCGCGAUUUACACAAUUAAUAUGUCACUCCUGAUUGUUUUGAUUUACUCCUGGCGGAUAAAUGUGAAUAUGCGCAAGGUGGAAUCGUUGGAGGAUGUCUACUAUGGUGUUCAAAUAGCCUAUUUCGCCAUUAUCGGCACACAAAUGUCCAUGAUAGUGCUGAGCGUGAUGUUAAUAUUCGGAAUUUAUAAGGAGAACCCCGGUCUCAUAGUGCCGUGGAUAAUUGGCUACAUAACGUUUAUGGCGCUGGAAGCGGUGGCCAUGGUCUACUCCAAUGUUUUACGAGACCAUGUAAAUAAGCAAUUCGAUGCAAUGUGCAAAGCGGAAGUGGCCUUCUUUAUACUUCGUGCAGUGAUUAAUGUACUCGCCAUGUGGGGUGUUUUGCGAUUCUACAACUUGGUACGUUCAGGCAUCACAUGGAAGGGCCCCGAGGUAAUUGAACUAAGAUAUAACGGCAACGACUCUCACCAAGUCGAAACACGCCUGCCAAGUAGUCACACAUAUCACCUCUCCUCCCAUUACCAAUCGCAGGCAAAAACCACUGCGUCGGCAGCAGCGACGACGGAAUAUCAUCACUGUAACGGCGGCAGCGACAGCAAACAGAGUCGCCUCAACUACGUGCCCGAUGUGCAGCGUAAACCGACCGGCUGUUGCUUCUUCGACUUCGACGAUUACGAUGAGGAUGACGAUGACGAGGAACUGGAGUGCGGCGAUGAUGAUUACGAUUAUGACGACUACUACUAUGACGAUGACGAUGAGGAUAGCUCCGAUUGCACGAUGCUCGGCGCCAUAUCAAUGCAUCAGAAACGUCAGUACCACCGCACACUGCGGCCGUCUCACCUACACGUACACACACACGCAUCGCGACCACGCAACAACAACAUACGCACUGUGUUGAUAAACAAACGGCAUCACAAGUACAAAAUCGCACAGCCGCAGACACGACUCGAGGUGAUCAACGAGUCGGAGCGUAGCGCGGGCAGCGGCAGUGACGAGAACGAUUCGUUGCUGGUCGCUUAUGAUAGCACAUCAUCGCUGGCGUCGGUUUGACAUUGGCCGGCGUGCGGUUGUAGUUGCUUUGGAAAUGCGCGAAAGAACGAUGGAAGCGGCAGCGGCAAUAGAGCUUGCGACGUCGGCGAUAAUGAAGCGGCAACCGCGACAGCCGACGGCGAAGCGGCCGAAUUGCAGCAAUUACAGUUGCAAAUUUGGCAGCAGCAAUGGCUACGACGACAGCAGCGACGUCAACGCAAGUGGCAACGCAAGUUUCAGCGUCAGCGCCGAUGUCCA